AUGGUCGGUCCGGGUGUCCACAUCACGAACCCCGUGAUGGGCAACCGAACGGGCUUGCAGCUGCCCCUGGCCGUGUUGCUGUUGCUGGCUGCCAUGCUCAGGUCGUCCGCAACCUUGCAGCAGCUCUGCGGCGAGCUGCUGCUGUCCACCAACGCAACCACCGACAGCCAGGACCCAACGACCCUGCGCGUCGGCUGCGGCCUGACGACCACAGCUCAGCUCAACGUCGGCCUGGCUGCCCUCGAGUCCAAGAUCGACGCCGCGAUCAGCGGGGCCCCCGGCGGCCCCCAGGCAAACGCGACCGCGACGGGCGCCGCCGUCACGCAGUUGCGGGACGGCCUGCUGGCUCUCCAGGGGCAGCUUGCCACGACUGCUGCUGGCACGGCCUCUCUCAACGCGACUGCGGCGCAGCAGGCGGCCCUCGUCUCCUCAGAAGCCGCGCUCCUCGAGGGAGCCGUGCAGCAGCAGUCUGCCAACAUCACUGCGGAGCUUGCGGCCCUCACAAACUCCCUGCAGCUGCUGGGAACGAACACCACUGCGGCCCUCGCCGCGCUCAGGGCCAGCCUGCCGGCCAUCAAUGUGAGCGAGUUUGUCCGUGUCGGCGCGACGAUCGACGCGGCGUCCCUGGGCGGCGUUCCUGCGGACGCUUUCCUGCGCAUGCCCGUGCAGAUUGUGAUGUACUCGGUAAACGGCGACGCAACGGUGGGUGGCAACUUUGGCGGCCGCGCCGGCGCCGACAGCCGAUGCCAGCUGGCCACCGCCCGCCGACCUCCCGGCUACUUGCGCGUGCGCGCCUUCCUGAGCAUAGGCGCCGACGACGCCAUCAACAACAUGCCGACCAAUUACGGCGUACCCACUAACGUGCCGAUCGUGGGGCCUGGCGCCAGCCCGGCAACUAUCGCCUCCGACUGGGCGGACCUCCUGAAAGGCCCCCUCGACAACUUCACUCUCAUCGCCGCGGGCGUGAUGCCGGCAGGGACCGGCUUGUAUUGGUCAGGUUCCGACAUGUUUGGCGGCGUGGCGCUCACGUGCAACGGCUGGACCGACAAGACAAACAGCUUCGUUGGCAGCGCAGGGCAGGCGUAUUCGACCAGCACCAACUGGCUCGGUCGCAAUUCUGCCUCCUGCUCCUUUCCUUUCAGUUUUGCCUGCUUGGCCUUCUGA